GAGCACCCCUGAUUGUAGCUGAAAAUUGAAGCCAGGUAUGGCUCAUUCAUAAUAAGCUGCCUCCUCUCCCGCUAUCCGACUACGUGUUUUGUUAUUAGUUGCGGUUUUGACACAGUGAAAAGUCUUUGAUGAAAAUCUCUUUGACCUAACAAUCAUACUACCAAGGUCGAAGCAACUGGCAUGGAGGCUCUUCGGUUGAGAAGAGCGACAAACGACAAGGAGCAAGCAGCGAUACCAAAACCAAAAUCGAAGUGCUCUAGAAGUAUGAAGUUUCAUCAAAACAUCUGGCAUCUGCUGGUCGUCGCAUUACUCUCAUAUAUAAUCUAUUUGACUUUCAGUCCAUGCGUUAUUGAUCCACAUCCUUAUAUUACCAACUUCACCAUACCGCGCUUUGAGGGUGUUUUGGAGCGAAAUUACAAACUGCAGAGAAUUGAAAAACUAUUUGAAGGAAAAAUUGUAGGACCAGAUUCAGUGGUACAGGAUACAGAUGGAGGUUUUUAUUCGGGGCUAGCUGAUGGAAGAAUUGUGAAGCUGUACCCAAACGGGAAUGUAGAGGAAAUCGCAAGGACGGGGAAGCUAAUGGACAACUGUGGAACCUACGACACAGAGGAAACGUGCGGUAGGCCUCUUGGGUUACGGUUUGACAAGACGAGAGAGAACUUAAUCAUAUGUGAUGCUUACUAUGGCUUACUGAGCCUGAAUCUUAAAAACAGGAGCAUCUCAACUCUGAUCACUCAUGAAGAAGGAGUUGAUGGUAUUCCUUUCAGAUUUAUGAAUGAUGUUACUAUUGGAGAAGGUAACAUGAUAUAUUUCACAGACUCGUCUUGGAAAUGGAAAAGGAUAGACAGUAGGUAUGCAGUACUUGAAGCCACUGGAAGAGGCAGAGUUGUUUCAUUCAACACAGAAACGAGGCAGAGAAUCACUUUGUUAGCCGGCUUGCUGAUUCCAAACGGACUUGAGAUAUCAAAAGAUUUCAGCUUUCUUCUUGUUGCAGAAACAACUUCAUCAAGAAUAACAAAGUAUUAUUUGAAAGGGCCGAAAAAGGGGAAGCACGAAGUUUUUGCUGAAAAUUUACCAGGAUACCCAGCAAAUAUACGAGCCAGUCCAACAGGAGGUUAUUGGCUAGGCCUAAUUGCAGUGCGAAAAUGGCCGUUUUCCUUCCUGGAUAUAGCUGGCCCUUAUCCGUUUUUACGACGUCUUUUGGCAAAGGCAAUGUCUCAGGACACAAUGACGAUGCUCAUUCCCAGGUACGGGAUGAUAAUUAAGCUGGAUGACAAUGGCAGCAUUAUAGACAGUCUGCAGGAUCCUUCUGGGGCUGUCAUGGACGAGGUCACAGAUGUCUUUCAGGACCCAACAGAGAAUGCAAUAUACCUUGGAUCAUAUAAACAUAAAUUUUUAGGCAAGCUAAAGUUGAGCUGAUGAGCAACUGUGAAAAUUUUUAGUAGAAGCAUAUUUUCAAACGUUCAAUCUUGUAGUGGAACAUUCCAUGAUUGCGUGUAUUUUAGAGGUAUUUGUGACAAAUAGAAAAUAAGUCUAAUGCAUCUCAGUCAAUGCCUUUUUUAUUUUUCCACUAGGAUUUUAACUAAGAAUUAGCCGCAAUAGAAUUUGUUGGCUCCAAUGUUCUGUUAUUCGUCGAUGCACUUUUGGUCAACAUCCGCAAGCACAACUAUGCAAGCUGUGAAAAAAUAUUGUAAAGUUUCCUUCUUUCAGAUGUUAAUAUAAAAUUACACAAAGUUUAAAAAGUACAAAAACAUCUUUAAUAUGCAGUUAGUAAUUUGGAGUCUCUUUAAACACGAAAAUGCUAACCAGUGGCUUAACACGUAACAAUUAAACACAGUAAAUUUCAAAAUUGACGUUUCAUACGUACGUUCAACUUCUCUAACAUAUUGGCAAAUUGAACUUUCGAUAGACUUAUGUACGCGUUUUCCUGAAAUUUUUGUUUCCGGUCAUGUAUUUAUUUCGACUCUUGUGUCGUUGGCCUUUUUACUGCAAGACUAAACUUCCAAACUGCAAAGCUUCCAAACUGGUUUGCCUUCCCAUGUGCUCUGGGAAUUCGACUUUAGCCCAAAGAGAUUGCACGUGUCUUUCUCUAACAUGAUCCCUCUAGAUUUUCUUCUCACUAAGAGAAUCCCAAAAGGCCUUCAACAAAAGACCCCCUGAAUAUUCAAGCCUCGUUGUCUUGCUCCAUUGCACGUAGCUAUUCCCAGUCCCCCAGUAACUUGCUGGGAGAAACUCAAGUAACUUCAGACAAGCUCCCAAUCAAGAGAACUAUCAACAA